UGACACCAGAUGGACCCGCUUCCACCGAUUACAGGGGAGGGGAGAUUGCUUGAGUGACUUUUCUAUUACUUCAUUUCUUCUGAAUUGAUAGUUAGUUUGAUCCUCUGAACGCUAUCUGUCUAACAUUUCUGGAGUAUAAAAAGGAGCCUUUGAGAUUUUCUGGCUGCUCUCCUAAGUCAAGGUCAUAGUGCUGUGCCUACGUUAACAAUGCAAUGAUUUCUUUGUUGACAGUGGAGAUUGUGUUUAUAAUUGGGGUUUAGACAAAACCCAAUACCUUUUUACCUCUCUCUCUCUCUCAAGCUCUGCUGUGAAGUAAUGGAAGUGUGAUUUUGGUUGGAGUUUUUAGUCGAAGUGGGUCGUAUUUCCAGAGCUUCAUGCCUAUGGACCGAGUUCAGCCCGUCUCAGACUCAAGGUCCUCCCCAACCGUCCUCUCCAUCGAGUGCCUCAAAGGCAGCUCCAAAGCCGACGAGUGGACCGGCGAUUUCCUCCAGACAGGCGACGUAGUCGAGGAGCUCCGCAUCGGCAACUCCUCCUCCCGCCGAAUGGGAACCUCCGGUACUCUCCUUCUCUUCAUGGCGCCGUUCAAGAACGGCAAGAGCGGCGUCCAGAGGGUUCUUCACGACGCCUACAAGAAGAAGGAGACGUCGAUUCUAGUCCGUAUUCGGAGGGGAGCGGACGAGUACGCCGAGUUGCAGGCUUGUAUCGUACCCAACGACUCGGCCAGUAAGAAACAGUAUAUCCUCAGGUCGAUCGCCGAUCCGAAUUACACCGUCGGUUUCUUGGAUCGGACGGAGUCCGAGUGCCUCGAGCUCCAAGCUUCAAGGAGUGCCAGGAUGGUAAAUGCACUAUCCAGCUCUCGCCUUCAAAAUGGAUAUGUUGCAUAUCCAUGGGAGAGGAGAAUGCAGGAGUUUCUAUCAGUUCCAUUUUCAAGUUGCUUUCUUUCUAUACUUCUCCUGCCAAAAGCUUCAGAUCAAGUUGCUUCUCGCUACAAUGAUUUGGAAGAUACCCUUGCUAGGGCAAAUGCAUGGCUUAAUGCAUCUCAAGCCACUGGGGUUCCUAUAGCCUUUAUGAACGUUCAAACUGAGUCACUACUUACCAAGAUAUCUGGAGAGACGGCCUCUUCUACAGUUAAUGCUGGGUCCUUAUCUGAUUUGUCUAAUCUUGCAAAUGCUAGUCUAUAUGGUUUUGAGGAUUACCACGGAGUGGAUAUUGGUGUAGUUAAAGCAGUUCGCCUCUGGUAUGCCCCUCUUGGAGGAGAGUUUGCGAUUGAAAUCAAGCUAAAAGAAGGCGACACAAAGCUUGGGUUCGCUAUCAGCCGCACAGAAGAGGGAUUUAUUUUCGUCUCCUCAGUUAUUAAUGGUGAUGAAAAUGCUCCUUCAACCCGGUCAGGGCUUGGUAAUUUGUACAAAGAAGCUACAAAUGCAUCUAGGCUGCUGGUGGUCUCAAGAGUUGGCAAUCAGAAGGUCCUUCCCUGGAUGGUUUCCUCAACAGGAGCAAUCCGAUGCUUUGACACCGUUUCACUCAGCAUGAAACUCUCAUUGCACCGGCAUACGAAAGUUCCCAUUCUCAUUCAUGUAUUAGUGUGGGACCGAGCUUUGACUGUUCCAAGUGGGGCCAACAGAUUUAGGGCUCCUACGCCGCAUGUCCUGCCUUUACCACCCGAAGUUCAAUUGGCAUCCUGUCCAAAUGAGAAUCAAAUACAGCCCGUGCCACCUGAAGUUCCUACUGGAAGUAGAGCUGUCAGUGAUGGACCUGAGGUAAGGCCUGAGAGAGACACGGCCGGGGAACUCUCAUUUAGAUUCCAUGAUUUUUCACUUUCAAGCAAUUGGGUAUGAAUUUUGUAUUCAUUCUCUCUGUUUGUUUCUUAAAUUGUUGUAAAUUGAGAGAUCUCUAGCUUUGGCGUGUCAGUUGAUUGUAAGUUUCCCUCCUUCACCAUCAGCUAAUAUAUAAUCCUUGCUAAAGAGAAAGUAUAAGGAACUGCUAGCACACUACAGAACAGAACAAACUACUUACAUACUACAGUACUACAAACUGAGAGCAAGCAAGUCAUUGACUUGUUUUGUAUUUGUGUAGAUGUAAUAACAAAUCUUUUGAUAGCCACUGGUUUUGUUUUCUUAUAGUGUAUAUUGAAUAAUUGGUUGCA